CCGGGCGCGGAGCCGGGCGGCGCCGAGCGGAGGGCGCGGAGCGGAGGCCGCCGCCGCCAAGAUGGCGGACCUGGAGGCGGUGCUGGCGGACGUGAGCUACCUGAUGGCCAUGGAGAAGAGCAAGGCCACGCCGGCCGCGCGCGCCAGCAAGAAGAUCCUGCUGCCCGAGCCCAGCAUCCGCAGCGUCAUGCAGAAGUACCUGGAGGACCGGGGCGAGGUGACCUUCGACAAGAUCUUCUCCCAGAAGCUGGGGUACCUGCUCUUCCGAGACUUCUGCCUGAAGCACCUGGAGGAGGCCAGGCCCCUGGUGGAGUUCUACGAGGAGAUCAGGAAAUACGAGAAGCUGGAGACGGAGGAGGAGCGGCUGGCCUGCAGCCGGGAGAUCUUCGACACCUACAUCAUGAAGGAGCUGCUGGCCUGCUCGCACCCCUUCUCCAAAAGCGCCACCGAGCAUGUCCAGGGCCACCUGGCGAAGAGGCAGGUGCCUCCGGAUCUCUUCCAGCCGUACAUCGAGGAGAUCUGUCAGAACCUCCGGGGGGAUGUGUUCCAGAAGUUCAUUGAGAGCGAUAAAUUCACUCGGUUCUGCCAGUGGAAGAAUGUGGAGCUCAACAUUCACCUGACCAUGAAUGACUUCAGCGUGCACCGCAUCAUCGGCCGCGGCGGCUUCGGCGAGGUCUACGGGUGCCGGAAGGCCGACACGGGCAAGAUGUACGCCAUGAAGUGUCUGGACAAGAAGCGCAUCAAGAUGAAGCAGGGGGAGACGCUGGCCCUGAACGAGCGCAUCAUGCUGUCCCUCGUCAGCACCGGGGACUGCCCGUUCAUCGUCUGCAUGUCCUACGCGUUCCACACGCCAGACAAGCUCAGCUUCAUCCUGGACCUCAUGAACGGCGGCGACCUGCACUACCACCUGUCCCAGCACGGCGUCUUCUCCGAGGCCGACAUGCGCUUCUACGCGGCCGAGAUCAUCCUGGGCCUGGAGCACAUGCACAGCCGCUUCGUGGUCUACCGGGACCUGAAGCCCGCCAACAUCCUGCUGGACGAGCACGGUCAUGUGCGCAUCUCGGACCUGGGCCUGGCCUGCGACUUCUCCAAGAAGAAGCCCCACGCCAGCGUGGGCACCCACGGGUACAUGGCCCCCGAGGUGCUGCAGAAGGGCGUGGCCUACGACAGCAGCGCGGACUGGUUCUCCCUGGGCUGCAUGCUCUUCAAGCUGCUGCGGGGGCACAGUCCCUUCCGGCAGCACAAGACCAAAGACAAGCAUGAGAUCGACCGCAUGACGUUGACAAUGGCCGUGGAGCUGCCCGACUCCUUCUCCCCGGAGCUCCGCUCCUUGCUGGAGGGGCUGCUGCAGAGGGACGUCCACCGGAGACUGGGCUGCCUGGGCCGAGGGGCCCAGGAGGUGAAGGAGAGCCCCUUCUUCCACUCGCUGGACUGGCAGAUGGUCUUCCUGCAGAAGUACCCGCCCCCGCUGAUCCCCCCCCGAGGGGAGGUGAACGCCGCCGACGCCUUCGACAUCGGCUCCUUCGAUGAGGAGGACACGAAAGGAAUCAAGUUACUGGACAGCGACCAGGAGCUCUACCGCAACUUCCCGCUCACCAUCUCCGAGCGGUGGCAGCAGGAGGUGGCGGAGACCGUCUUCGACACCAUCAACGCCGAGACGGACCGGCUGGAGACCCGCAAGAAGACCAAGAACAAGCAGCUGGGCCAUGAGGAAGACUACGCCCUGGGCAAGGACUGCAUCAUGCACGGCUACAUGUCCAAGAUGGGCAACCCCUUCCUGACACAGUGGCAGCGGCGGUACUUCUACCUGUUCCCCAACCGGCUGGAGUGGCGGGGCGAGGGCGAGGCCCCGCAGAGCCUGCUGACCAUGGAGGAGAUCCAGUCGGUGGAGGAGACGCAGAUCAAGGAGCGGAAGUGCCUCCUCCUCAAGAUCCGCGGCGGCAAACAGUUCGUGCUGCAGUGCGACAGCGACCCGGAGCUGGUGCAGUGGAAGAAGGAGCUGCGGGACGCCUACCGCGAGGCGCAGCAGCUGGUGCAGCGGGUGCCCAAGAUGAAGAACAAGGCGCGCUCGCCUGUGGUGGAGCUGAGCAAGGUGCCGCUGGUGCAGCGCGGCAGCGCCAACGGCCUCUGACCCCCCCCCCCCCCCCGCCGCCUUUUAUAAACCUCUAAUUUAUUUUGUCGAACUUUUAUUAUUUGUUUUCCCGCCAAGCGGAAAAGGUUUUAUUUUGUAAUUAUUGUGACUUCCUGUGGCCCAGCCCCCGGGGAGGGGCCCGCUUGCCUUGGCUCCUGCUGCCACCAACCCAGCCGCUGUCCAGCCUCCGUCCCCCUGGAGCCCAGGGGUCCCGCUGCCCGCGUCUUCCUGUGCAGGGAGAGCGGCCCCCGGCCCGCCCUUCCCGGGUGGCGCCCCCGCAGGCUCUGGGCUGCGCUCUGUGCCAGCGGCAGUGGGUGGCAGCGUCCUCCGCGCAGGGCGGCCACAGCGCGGAAUGCCGCCCGAGUCCUCCCGCUCCGGCCCUCCUGCCGCAGAGACGGCCCCGCUCGGUCCGCCCCGCCGUGGUGAGAGGGCCCCGUGGUCUCCCUGGCCCAGCGCCGCCCACGGUGACCUGGACUCCUGCCCCCUCACGUGGGGGAGUCCCCGUGUCACUGCUGCCUCCUCCCCCCCUUCCCUGGGCACGGGCUUGGCCAGGACGGUGGCGCUGGCAGCAGGUGCUGCUGCUGUCACCCCAGCCCCACUCUCCCACCCGAGCCGCAGGCUCAAGGACCACGGAAAGGCAGCUGUGGGCUGUGCCACGCUGGCCUCGCCGGGCCUGAGGUCCCCCAGGCCCCUGUCCUCAUCGGGCCUCGCCCUCGCCAUCACUCUGCCCAGGGCCACGGGGCCAGCCGGGGCGGGGGGCGGGGGGCUGCACAGCAAGAGGGGCCGGUUGGACCAGCCUCGCCACCCUGGGGUCGUCAGUGUGCCCGUGGGCUGUCCAGCCCCAGCCCCGUCCCACUCCCCAUGGGCGCCCCCACCCGCCGCAUGCCCCCGUGCCAAUCGCGCUGCCCUGUGUGGUGCCACGUCCUCCCCCAGCGGCUGGGUCGGCUCACCUUCCCCUCCCUCCUGCUCACUCCCUGGGGCGUUUCUUUGCCAGUUUUUGAAUGUGAUUUUAAAGUGAGAAAAUGAGAUUAUGCGUUUUUAUAAAAAAAUGGUGCCUGA